UUCACGAAACGAGAACAUCCCGUGCGUAAUGAUACACACCUUUGACGACUAACCAACGUUGCAGUGCUGUUUACAUCAAAACUUGUGGAGUUUCACGUGUGUUCAGUGUUCAGUGUGUGCGAUGCAUUAGUUGGCGUGCAAUGUUGAGAGGUGGUGGGACGUGUCUGUGACCGGGGCAGCUGCACGGGAGGGGCGAUUUUCACGCUUGAUCAUGCCUUUCGAAUUGAGAUCAGGUGGCGGCGCCAGCCCCGGCGUAUCGGUUUCAACUCAGGCGGACAUAGCACAUUCGGCGAAAGGCUACGAGUCAGAGGAUGAGAACGCGGGGAGAAAGUGGCAGAGGGCCAGCGACGAACGGCCAGCCAGUAAGACUACCAUGUACUCUAAGCAGGAGUUCCGAGAACAGUACUGCAUCAACAACAAACAACUGGAUCUGCUGGAACUGGAGAAGUCCAAGAAGGACAGAUUCCUCGGAUGUCUCUCUCAGUACCAUAUCGAGAGUCCAUGUUCCAGAGCCAAUAGAGCAUCAUUUCUAUCCGUGUGCGUCCGGCGGCGUGUGCCCUCAGAUGAGAAUCUCAACACCGAUUAUGCACCAAUACAGAGGUAUCCCAGGUUCGGCCAACCAACCCCGGCACCGCCCGAACUUUGCGCCUACGAUGCCGAUCUGGAGUGCUCAUACUUCCGCAGACGUCCACGGUCUGUGUGCAGCCAACCUGACCCCAAACGCUACACCUGGAUGCCUGAAGAUGAAGACUUCACCCGGAUGGAGUGGCCACAAUCGGUAAUAGAAGAUAACGCGGGUUGGCCCCAAAAUUAUAAUGUGGACCAAAUCGCGUCAGUCAGCCGAGGAGGCUCGUUGCCUCGGCCACCUUCGAUAAUUCCGUAA